AUGAAAUCACUAGCGAAAUCAACCCUACUUGAAAAUAUAUACUUAACCAGUACUGUCGACAUUUUAACAACACAUGGCAACAUUCAUCAAACAGAAAGUAAAUUAAAUCAAUGAUAUUUAUGUGCAGUCAGAAAGGAUUGAUCGUUUCGAUGAUUUAUCAUUUAUCAUAAAACAUUUAUUUUCGAAAGAUAUUUAUGUUUUCUUGGAAUAAAAUGGUUUUUGUCAUUGCAAAUCGAAAAAAAUACAUAAAUUUAUCUAUCAAUCAGCUGAUCAAAAAUAAAACGGAAAUUAAAUACUGAUACAACUCAGAAAAAGAAAUCGCAACUUGUGCCAAAAGAUGUACACUUAAACAAUCAUGUCAAUAUUUGUUGUUAUUUAAUUCCAAUUCUCGAAAGAAAAAUUUUUGAUUUACUUUAGUGAAAUAUAGGAGAAUAAUGACACAACAAUGCUAACAAAAAACAUGGUUAUUACAUCAUGUAGGUUUACUCACUUUUGUUGAAAAUAUUUUUUAGGCAUGUAACCUUAGCCAUUAAAGAUCAAGGAAACUUUGGAUAGGUUAUAGAGUUUCUCAGCUCGAGUUUCUUCUACAGUUUUUCCACAUCUAGAACAUAGUAGGACCAAACACUUAGUCAUACAAAGUGGAAUGCUUUCUCAAAAACAUUUUCUAAGUUUGCUUUGCAAAAAAAAAUUUUACUAUUUGUGUCCGAAACAUUUUUGCGGUUCUACAAGAGUUUCAAUAUUCGUCUAAAAGUUAUUUUAAAGAGAAGUUUAAAACAACAAUUAAACUAUCUUCUAUCAGAAACAGAGACUCAAUUCGACGUCAAAUAAAUGUCAGUGCAAUUCAAUCAAUAUCUAAUUGUGCACGAGUUGGCAGUAGAAAAAAUAUGAACUAACUUUCUAACAAUGCAUUAACUGUUAGAAGAACACGAAAACUAAACAAUAAAAGAAAGCUCUUACACUGAAUCAAAUCUACUCAGGUCUAAUGGUUCUAUCACCUA